CUUCAAAUAAGUUUGUCUUAAAUUCUAUGUUGCAGUGCUAGUAGUAGCAAUAGUAUUUCAAACUUUCAUACUUCUAAUGAACUUCAAGAGGAAUAAAGUUCCCAAAUACCUUCAGAAGUUUUACAAAUUAAAAAAAUGACAGAAACCAAGACAUUUGCCCAGAAGCGUCUGAUGAAGAUGAUUGAAUCAUACAAACAGGCUAAAAAACAUAAAAAUGCCAACUCGACUCCAUCUUUAAAAGGCCAACAACAAUCUGGAUACGAUGCAAAUAAAAAGACCUCAUCUAAACGCGAUACAAAUGCAAGAGCAGUAUUUGCUCCUGGAAGAGUUAAAGAAAAGAAUAACAGCUCAGUUUUAAAAAGUUCGAAUAAAAACCAAUUUUCAUCUGGUGGUGUCGGGUGUCAGAAAGUAGAUUCAUUUAAGAAUGUAGCUCUUUCACAACAAAGCCUUGAAAUUCGUAAACCACAAAAUUUAAGUUUAGAAAGAAGCUUGAAAAAACCUACUUCCAAUAAAUGCUUUCUACAUGCUGAUACCAAUCCUAUACCACUUAGUAGUAAAGAAGCUGGUCUAAAAAGACAGAACAAGUUAAGUGGUAAUAGAGAGAAACACCAAGAAACUUUUUGCCGGACUGCUGAAAAACGUCCAUCUGAUCAUGAAAACUUGGGUAGAAAGAAAAUUAUGAAAAAUGAAAAAUUUGAGGAUUCUUCAAAAAAUAUUGUAAACGAAAAAUCCAAAAAUGAUCCGAGCAAAGUAACUGAAGCAAAUACUCUAAAGGCAAAGUUAUCUUUAAUUGUCGAUUCCUAUGCAACAUUGGGCAACGAUUCCUCUCAGUCCAAAAAUGAAACUCAAAAUAAGACUGAGAAAAGUUAUCAAGCUAAGGAGCCUUAUUUUAUUAUUAGAAAAAAUGUUAAAUUUUCUACAACUCAUAAGAAAGAUACGGAUCUAAAAAUAAAAGACAAAGAAAGAGAAAUUAAAGAUACAGAGAAAAUGAAACCACAACCCUUUUCAUCACCGAAGACAAAACUUCAAGCGAGGCUCCAGAAAGUCAAAGCGGACAUGAAGGAUAAACAGAAAAGAACGAGAAAAGAAUCCUCUUGUGAUAAAAUGGAUGUCAUUUCAAAAGAUGACAGCUCUAAUUUUAUUGAAUCCAUGGAUUGGGAACCUUCCAAUGAUUUAAUUCUGCGCUCUAUCAGAGAUGAAGUAGAUCCAAGAAAGGAAAUGAUGGAAUGGCAAGAUAUUUGCGAUUCCGGUUAUAAUAUUUCUCGAGAAAUUUGUGGAAAUAGUUUAUACCUUGUCGUUGACACAAAUGUUUUAAUCAGAAAUAUUGAGCUCAUCAAAAAGCUUUCAAAAGCUGUCAUCAGGGGCUUUAAAAUAAUUCAAGUAAUACCUUGGCAAGUUCUUAAAGAACUGGAUAAUUUGAAGACCAAAGUUAAUUACGAGAAUGUAAACAUAUCUGCGAGAAAAGUGAUUCGUUUCCUUUCCGAAGCGACAAAUAGUGACCAAUCCAAUGUCGUCUUUCAGUCUCAAUCAAAGCACUUUGAGGAAUGUCACACUCAGUUCAUUGUUGAGGUACCUGACGAUCACUUGAUUAAGUGCUGUUAUCAGUUCAAAGAAAAGAGUCACAAAGUGCUACUUUUAUCAAAUGAUGUCAACCUUAGGGUAAAAACAAAUACUAACAAUAUCCAAGCUGUAGACAGCAAUUGGAUAGCAAACAUAUUAAACCAAGAAUCAAAGUCUCGAAAACAACCCAUUCACGUUUUUGAAGAAGAACCGAAAGAUGGCCAAAGAGGUCGUGAUGAUGACACUUGUCAAUUUGCUCAUAAAACAACUCGAGUUAUGCUGUCUUCUCUUUACAAUAUCGUUUUGUUGAAAUACAAAGAAAAAUAUGGAGACUUAUGGCCUCUCUGGGUUCCGAAAGAACCUCAUUUUCCUGAUUUGAUCAACUUCAUGACUUCUAACGUUUAUUUUCAGUCAUAUUGGAUCAAACUGAACUCGAUUAAAGAUUUUUUUAUAAAAAAUAAAUCAUAUGAUAAUGUUAAACCAGGAGACAUUGAAAAGUUGGGUCGAAAUUUUGUCAGUUUACUAAAGUCCAUUUGCAGUGAUAACUUUAUUCCUAAUGAUCUGGCAAUGCAGUUUUUUAAAGAAUUGGGCUUUUUAAAAUGUUUUCCUAUUUUGGAUUGGAGUGAUUCCAAUUAUAUUGAAGGUUCAUACAGAUUGGGUCAAAAAUAUCUUAAGGAUACAGAGGAUAGCCUAAAUGAGUUUGUGUAGUUAUCAAUUUCUUUGUUAAUGGAGCUGUUUAUCUAAUGUUAUGAAUUAUUUUUAAUUUUCUUCUUCUUUUUCAGAGCAUAUAUAAGCGCUUUGUAUGCGGAAAAGGGUUCUAUGCUUUAUAGGAAUGAAGAUGUAUUGCAUCAUAUUGAUGUAAAUUUAAAACUAAUAAAUCAGUUUAGGAAUGCUAUUUUACAGUAAGUUUAAACACGUCUCUAAAAUUUAAAUUGUGAAUGAAUGAAUGAAAAUAAUUUUAUUAUUCUGAGACUAGUGUCCCUUUAGAACAAAGUCUAAAUACAGAAUAUAUAUUAACAUUCUGGUGUGUCCAUGAAAUAUAAUUAUAUAUUUACAGGAUGAUUGAUAAUAAAAUUUAUUUUGAGCCGACGUUUUGGCCUAAGUUGCAGGCCUUCAUCAGGCCUGGGAAAAGACAAGAUAAUGACCAAAAUUAUUUAUAAAAACUAUUGUAAAAGGAUAUGAAAACAAAAAUUAUGUUAUCUGCUAGUGAAUAAAUUUUAAAAAGUGAAAAAAAAAAUUAUAAUAUAUGAGUAUUAUAUGUAAUUGUAUGAUGAUAAUGAUAUUGGUAUGGCAAUGGAUGAAAACAUAAGUAAGCUAUAAUGAAAAAUAAUGAAGUUAAAGAUAACAAAGUAACAUUAAUAAGGAAAUGAAAUAAACAAUUAAAUGAUGAAGAAAUUAAAUCUAAUAUUUAGUUAUAUAGAGAGAACUACAAUAAUUUUGGAUUCCUGUUCAAUUGGGUUGCUAAAUAACACAGCAUACGCAAUCAAUCGACAGAUGAUAUUAAAAAUAAAUAAACCAGAGAGGGUUAGGUGGGGUCCAGAACAGUAUACAGGAUCGAAUAAGGGAAAGCCAAGAUCAAUCAAUAUAUGUGGUGAUGGAGUAUUCCCUACGAGUCCAAAAUAAUAGUUUCUGCCAUGGUCUCCAUCUGCUCCCUUCCAACACCGAGCCUCCGCAAGAAAUUACUUGUAGUAAGAGGGAUGGUUCCCCUGCUUCCGAGCCAUAGCCCUAUAACCCUUUGACUGUGGGAGCUCAUUCGCAAGUUUCUAUCAUACGUUACAUCCUGAAAUCCACAAAGACGUCAAAAAAAAAUUUGUAUGAAUUUAUUUAAAAUACUAUUUUGAGUCAUCCUGAAAGAUCUUAGCUUUCAAAAAUGCAUUUGAACUUUUUUAUUCAACUUUUAAAAACGGGAUAUGUCUUCCUGGGGGAGCGGCAAUCCCGCAUCACUUCGAUUUCUUAUGUAUUUGCUUAUUUCUGAAAAGUAAAAUAACUGAAAAUUAUCUUAACAAUAACUGUAAGUGAUGAUAAAAAUUAAAUUAUAUUAUUUCUAAAAAAGGACACUGACGGCAGGAUUCGAAAUAUAUAUUUCUUUAAAGGAAGGAGAUGGUCCGGGGUUGCGGUCAUAAAAAGGCUAAAUAGUGGUAAAACUAUUUUAUUGAAAGCCAACGUUUCGACCCGACUUUGCAGGUCUUCAUCAGGGCUAGAACGGACAAGAUACAAAAGAUAGAGAAUUGUGGAAAUUACAUAAUAUUUAGACAUAAUUUAUAAACAAUGUGAAUAAGCUUAUUAGAAUUAUAAACAGUAAGUACAAUAAUAUGGACUAAGUAAGCUAAGUAACAAGAUCCUAAAAUAAAGUAAAUAGAUGCUAACAAUUGUUGUAGUGUAAUAUAUAACAAAUGAAAAUGUGAGUAUAAUUCUACAAAAAAUACAGGAGAAAAAAAAAAAAAUAAAUAAAAAAAUAAAAUAAAAUAAAAUAAGAUUAGAGACUUACAGGUGUGUUCCUCUAGGAGUUUCACUUAAAACUGGAAAGGCAGCGGUAAGGAUUGCAGGUAUAGGGGGGGGUUAACAUGUGUUAACUAAGUAAAGGAUUGCAGGUAUAGAGGGAGUUAACAUGUGUUAACUAAGUAAAGAUUGAAAAACCCAGGAAUGUAUAGUACCUAGGAAUUUUUGAAGAUAUGGAUGGAUAUAAUGGAAAAUUACUAUAUCUAUAAAUAUUAAAAUUAUAAAUAUAUAAAUAUACAAGUAAAAUAGAGUUGAGAGAUGUGAGAGGUAUUUCAUGAUUCUAGAUCAGAGUACAAAGUGAAUACACCCAAAAUUGGUAAAGAGUAAAAUGUAAAUAUAGAAAUAACUUUAUUAACACACAUACAUUGCAGAGCUAACUUAAAAGUAUAGAGAGGGAAAAGAAAAAAAUAAAUACAAAAUAUAGAGUGGUCAUACAUUGGUGUAGAGUGUAAAUGUAAAUUUAGAAAAAUAGAAGAGAGAUCAUACAAAGAAGGAAUAUUUAGAAUAAUGACCAAUUAAAUGAAUUAAUUAAUAAAAAUUGAGAGUAGAUGAAAAUAAUAAAAUAGAAUAUUUAUGUUAUUUUUCCCUUAUAAGACUUAAAAUGUGUCUAUAUGUAAGAGAAAUACAGUUUUUGUCUACUUUGUGAUUAACGGGAUUGUGUUCCAUGUGAAUGUGGAUAGAUUCGGAAAUGAGUCUUUUUUCAUGGUUAGGGACCGUGGAAAGGAUAGAGGUUUUUUCAAAAUCAAAUGAGUGGUUGAGUGUUAAAGCAUGUUCUGAUAGUUUGGAGGCGGAGGGAUUCCGGGAAGUUAUGGACGUUUUAUGUUGGGAAAUGCGGGUUUUGAGAUAGUUUUUGGUUUCACCAAUAUAGGAGCUAUUGCAAUUAGGAGUAGAGCAAGUUAUCCGGUAAACUACAUUGGAUCGGUGUUGUAAGAGUAUGGGAUCCUUCAAGUUGGUGAAAAGGGAAGAAAGUUUGUUAUGGGACUUAAGGCCAAGGCGUAAGUUGGUUAUAGUCGAUUUUAGGAAUUUUUGUAUAUUGUGUGAGAGGAUAGGGAUAUAGGGGAGAGAUUUGUAUAUGAAAGGAGAGGUAGAUGAUUGUGGGGAGUUGGGAGAGUGAGAGGCUGUAUUGUUUUUGGUUGUAUAGUAAUUUAAAAGUUUAUGUAUGGUAUUCAGAGGAAAAUUGUUAGAGAGCAGUAUAUUUUUGACACGUUGAGUGUUGGCUUGAUGGUAUUGUGGAUCGGAUAAGGAGAGGGAUCGGUGAAUAAGGUUUUUGGCGGUAUUGAUUUUUUGGUGAUAUGGGUGUUGGGAGUAAUAGUUGAGUAGUCUGCCUGAGUAUGUGGGUUUAGUGUACCAGUCAGUAGAGACAGAACCGUCAAUGUUUUUCAUUAUUAGGAGGUCUAAGAAGGGGAGCGAAUUGUUAUCUUCUUUCUCUAUGGUGAAACGGAGACGGGGGUGAUAGGAGUUGAAUAAGAAAAGAAUUUGGGGGAUGCUGUCAGGGUUAAUAACAAGGAGGAGGUCAUCAACAUAUUUUUUUAUGAAAAUGAUGUCUUGAUGAAAAGAAGGGAUAACAGAGUCAAGAAGGUCAUUGAGAACAAUAUUGGAAAUAUCAGGUGCUAAGGAAUUUCCCAUGGCUAGGCCAGAAAUCUGAUGAAAGAAUUUUCCUUGGAAGCUGAGGAAACCGGAUCUGCAACAAAGCUCAAGGGAUUCAAGAUAUGAGGAAAGGUUAAGGGUGGUGUGAGGUUCAAUGAUUGUCCAGUUUUUCUUUACAAUGUCUAGGGCUUUGUCUAUUGGGAUGUUGGUAAAAAGGCUUUCGGCGUCUAGGGAAACCAGGAUAAAGUUAUCAGGAAUAUGGAGCGAAGAUAACUCUUCUUUAAGAUGGAAUGAAUUAUGAAUGUCGUAAGGAUUAUUGUGACUAAGUUUUUGGAGAGAGUGUAAAAGAAAUUUGCUGAGUUUAGCUGAGGGGGCGUUAAUAUUGGAGAUGAUAGGGCGGAGGGGAUUUCCAGGUUUGUGAAUUUUUGGGAGUCCAUAUAAGCGG